CCAGUGUACUUUGGAGGAAAGAUAGAAGAAAGGCAGUAUCAAAAGUGUUUUGUUUGGAGACCUUGCGAGAUACGCACCGAUGGCGCGAAAGGACCAUUAGCCACUGUCCUGGGGAAAUACGCAGAAGCAGUAUUCCAUGUCUCUCCUCUGCCUGUUAUUGAUGGGAAACCAACUAGACCGGAUCACACACCUGAACUACAGCGAGCUACCCACAGGGGAUCCAUCGGGCAUCGAGAAGGACGAGUUGCGUGUUGGCGUGGCGUACUUCUUUUCCGAUGAGGAGGAAGAACUGGACGAUAGAUCUCAGUCGGACAGCUUUAAAGACAACAACAGCCCGAGCAAGAACGGUCCGGUGGCGCUCGAUGAGAUCGAGUACUCGGCGUUCUGCUGCCAGGAAUGUAUCUACUCCAAACUGCGAGAGAACGAGGACCUGAAUGUUUAUUCGAUGAAAACUUUAUUAACCAUGUGCAAAUCCGGGGAUCUACUGGAAUUAGUGGCCAACGCGCAGCCCCCGCACUGGGCGAUCUUUUUAGGGGAGGACCAGGUUAUUCACCUGUACAAAGGGGAGAUCCGCAAGGACAGCUUGUUUGAGAUCAGCUGCGGUCGGCAGGGCAGAAUAGUAAAUAAUCGCUACCGGUACCGACCGCUGCCUGCUGAUUUGGUGAUGCAGAACGCGAGCGGGCACCUGGGGCUCAGCAGCGGCGAGAUCUGCUGGACAAACUCGGAAAGUUUCGCCGCCUGGUGCCGCUUCGGGAAACGUGAGUUUAAAGCGGGCGGCGAGGCGCACUCGGUCGAGCAGCGAUACUUUCUGAAAGUGCACCUGUCCGAGAGCACCGUGCACACGCUCAUGUUCCGCAGCCUCGAGGAGAUGAUACGGGAGAGACGGCGCGUGGACGCCAGUGGAAUUCUGAAGGAGCUGUCGCUGGUGAACGGGAAGGAAUGAGGGAGGAUUUCAUAGUCUCGUUGUGGACCGAUUGGAACUUUGCAUGCCUUGAACUAGGGCUGCUUACCUUUACUUGAUGACUUUCGGGGGGUCGUGCGUAUUUGUGUGAAAAUAUGGUACAUUUCGACAAAGACAACGCCCAUUUUGGUUAUGGUGUGAGAACCGAUGCCCCUACUUAAGUCACUAUGUACCUUUAAAAAGGAAAAAGAAAUAAUAGUAAUAAGGUGAGCGGUCAUUACAUCUCCCAUGGACGAAUACAGCCCACAUAUAGACCCCGGCGCGCGCUGCGGCAGAUGAUGCAUAAGGAACCAGGAUGCGUUGCUGUGUCUCAUCUUUUACUGAACUCCAGAGCUUUGAUAUUAAAUGCAAGCUGUGGAGCUCCGUUAUUGUGCAUCUGCCCAGCUGCAUUAGUUCCUCUUAACCAAUCAAACACUCACGCCAGACCUCACACGAGCCUUUGUUUUCAUUCUGUUACCAACAAAUGCAAGCAGAAUUCCUUUGAUUUUUGAGUCCAUAUUUUUGUAUUUCAGUUAGUACGUUUAAAAAAAAAAAACUGUUUUUACUUAAAUAAAAGUAGAUUGCCCUAUGAAAAUUGGUUUGGUCUCAAGCUCUUUUUCAUAUUGUUUUCCCGGCAUUCAAUUCAGUAAGCGAGCAUGUGCUUGAUAAGCCAGUCUCAUGCGAGUGCCUAACUGGUGCAUUAUAAUUCAAAUAUGAACCCUCUGUUUUGUUUACAAUAUCGACCAUUACUUCAUUUGAUUUCGGGGGAUUUAUUUCCGCCACCAGGGAGGUCGUUUGUUAUUAUUGGUGCAUUAGUAUGCCUAAUGGGUGGUUUGAUAUGCAUGGAGACCUGGUCCUUUUGUUCGUGGCGUUAUUGUUGAUGAUCAUCGGUGGGUUCCUAUCUUUGACUUUCAGCAGACAUUGACUUUUGACAUUGAAAAAGUUUUUUUUAAGGUUUAAAAAAACAUGCAGCCCCUCAGGCAUUUUAUUAUGUAUUCUGUGUUACUUUAAAUAUAGGCUACAUAUCAAGUUUACAAGUGCACUGUAGUGGUCCAGGAACCUAUACA